CAGAGCUCAGGGAGCCUCCUCCCUUUUCCAUCCCCAGCUGCCUCUGUUUCCUCCCUUAUUCCCCCCUACCCUCCUUCAGCUUCCUGCUCCCUUUGGCCUGCCCAUAUCCGGUUUGGAUUGAUCCAGUCCUUCUCUUAUCACCCUCCUUUCCUUCCCAUUUCUGUCCGUCCCUCCCACCCCCACUUUACUCCUUCCUGGAUCACUAGCUGUUUAUUUUGGGGUGGGGGGCAUGGAUUGGCUCCACCCCUGCUAGAGUUCUGUGUUGGGGCAGAGGGGGAGGCUCAGCCCCUCAGAGCCUGUGAGUCAGCACUGUCCUCACCAUUGGUCUCUGCCUUUCGCUCCCCGCCCCUGGGGAGGAGCCAGGCAGCUCUAGUCCUGCCUGUUCUCCUCUCAGCCAGAGAAGAGGCUCCACGCUGGGCUGGGCAGGGAUGGGUCCUGAAACUGUCUGGGCCUGAGCUGAGGGAGUGGGAACCACUUGUCCCGCUCCCUCCCCAGAACCCCUGAGAUUCCUGGGCCUUGGCGGUCAGAUUAGGCUAAGGGCCUGGGGAUGCCCCCUGCCUGGCCCCCUUGCCCUCACGCUGGCAGGGGGGCCAGGCUGGGCAGCAACCUCCUUCUCACUCCAGCCAUGGAUCUCCUGCCCCCCAAGCCCAAGUACAACCCACUCCGGAAUGAGUCUCUGUCUUCGCUGGAGGAGGGGGCUUCAGGGUCUACUCCACCGGAGGAGCUACCUUCCCCCUCAGCCUCAUCCCUGGGGCCCAUCCUACCACCUCUGCCUGGGGACGACAGUCCCACCACCUUGUGCUCCUUCUUCCCCCGGAUGAGCAACCUGAAGCUAGCCAACCCUGCUGGGGGGCGCCCAGGCCCGAAAGGGGAGCCAGGAAGGGCAGCCGAGGAUGGGGAGGGGAUCCUGGGAGCAGCCAUGCCGGACUCAGGCCCCCUGCCCCUCCUCCAGGACAUGAACAAGCUGAGUGGAGGCGGCGGGCGCAGGACUCGGGUGGAAGGGGGCCAACUGGGGGGCGAGGAGUGGACCCGCCACGGGAGCUUUGUCAAUAAGCCCACGCGGGGCUGGCUGCAUCCCAACGACAAAGUCAUGGGACCUGGGGUUUCCUACUUGGUUCGGUACAUGGGCUGUGUGGAGGUCCUGCAGUCAAUGCGUGCCCUGGACUUCAACACCCGGACACAGGUCACCAGGGAGGCCAUCAGCCUGGUGUGUGAGGCUGUGCCGGGUGCUAAGGGGGCGACAAGGAGGAGAAAGCCCUGUAGCCGUCCACUCAGCUCCAUUCUGGGGAGGAGUAACCUGAAAUUUGCUGGAAUGCCAAUCACUCUCACUGUCUCCACCAGCAGCCUCAACCUCAUGGCCGCAGACUGCAAACAGAUCAUCGCCAACCACCACAUGCAAUCUAUCUCCUUUGCGUCCGGCGGGGACCCGGACACAGCUGAGUAUGUCGCCUAUGUUGCCAAAGACCCGGUGAAUCAGAGAGCCUGCCACAUCCUGGAGUGUCCCGAAGGGCUUGCCCAGGACGUCAUCAGCACCAUUGGCCAGGCCUUCGAGUUGCGUUUCAAACAAUACCUCAGGAACCCGCCCAAGCUGGUCACCCCCCAUGACAGGAUGGCUGGCUUUGAUGGCUCAGCUUGGGAUGAGGAGGAGGAAGAGCCACCUGACCACCAGUACUAUAAUGACUUCCCGGGGAAGGAACCCCCUCUUGGCGGGGUGGUGGACAUGAGGCUUCGGGAAGGGACCCCCCUGGGGGCUGCUCGACCCACUCCGCCCAAUGCCCAGACAGCCAACCACCUAGGAGCCACAUUGCCUGUGGGGCAGCCUGUUGGAGGAGACCCAGAAGUUCGCAAACAGGUGCCACCUCCGCUACCCUGCCCAGGCAGAGAGCUCUUUGAUGACCCCUCCUAUGUCAACGUCCAGAACCUAGACAAGGCCCGGCAAGCUGGGGCUGGGCCCGCCAAUCCUGCCAUCAAUGGCAGUGCACCCCGAGACCUGUUUGACAUGAAGCCCUUUGAAGAUGCCCUUCGGGUACCUCCACCUGCACAGUCGGUGGCCAUGGCUGAGCAGCUCCGAGGUGAGCCCUGGUUCCAUGGGAAGCUGAGCCGGCGAGAGGCGGAGGCCCUGCUGCAGCUCAAUGGGGACUUCCUGGUGCGGGAAAGCACGACCACGCCCUGCCAGUACGUGCUCACCGGCUUGCAGAGUGGGCAGCCCAAGCACCUGCUCCUGGUGGACCCUGAGGGUGUGGUUCGGACUAAGGAUCAUCGCUUUGAGAGUGUCAGUCACCUCAUCAGCUACCACAUGGACAAUCACUUGCCCAUCAUCUCUGCGGGCAGCGAACUAUGUCUACAGCAGCCUGUGGAGCGGAAACUGUGACCUCUCCCAGAAGAUGCCCUUCCACCUCUCUGCCUGUUUCUCACUCAGGACCUCCCUGGGGUGGGGGGUGUUGUGGCGUGGUCUUGUGUAGUUGCUGGGGGAGUAGUGUGGACACAGUGUUUUCACCAUCCAGCUGAGAGGGUUUGAAUCAGGUGUCUGGGGUAGGAGUCUGCUUCUCCCCAAACCUCACCAAAGUAUUAAUGCAGAGAGUGGCCCCCUUCCCUGGGUCUUUCCUGUGCCAACAUGAUACCUCCUUCCCCCAGAAGGUGGGUGCUUAAGGCCUGGGCAGGGUGCCUUCUUGCAGUGGAAAAUGUCCUGUGAUGAUAGACCCAGUGAACAGUUGUCCUUCCAGGGGAGGGGGAACGAAUUAUACCAUGGGUCGACCCCUGGGCUCAGGGUACCCCAGACUCCUCUCAACAAUCCUCCCUCCCAGUGUUUAAACUUUGUGCCUUUGACCAUCUCCUAGGUCUGAAGAUAUUUUAUGCAAAGAGUUCUCAGGCCCCUGAGGUCAAGGAUCGGGGUGCUGAUGCCUUCUUGGCUUCUGGGACCCUGUCCUCUCCUUGUUCAGCACCCCCUCCAGUUUAGGUUGGAAGAACAAAGGCAGGAGUGGCAGCUGUUCCUUCUCUCUAGGGAUAUGCAAUCUUUAGAGACUGCCUUGGAGCCCCCCUUCCGGCCAGGGGGGAGAUGGACCCCCUUUCUUGCUCAGUGCCUCCUGGCCGGGACCCCUCACCCAAGGGGUCUGUAUAUACAUUUCAUAAGCCCUACCCCUCCCACGUUGCAUGCAUGUUAUACUCUACAGCCAAAGUGCAGCCCUUUGUAGCUCCAUCCUGCCUCCCCCUGCUGGGGUGCUGGGGGGGGGUGUGUGUGUGUGACUACACUGGGGGCCUCCUGAACUGUUAAUCCCCAGGUGGAUUUUGUGGUGGCUGGAACGGGGCCUUGAGACUCUGCAGCAGUAGACAAUCCCCAGAUACCAUCAGUAGAUUUGGAAUUGCAUUUAUUGUUUUAUAUGUGUAUGUUUUAGGGCUAUAGAUUGACUUUCCUAAUUUGUUUUCCAUGGCUUAUUCUUGAGCACAAAAUGGUAAUAGUUGAUUUCAUUUAUACAUCACCUUUUUGAUUUUUCAAAGCCAUUUUACAACUCCUGGCAUUUUCCUCACUCCAGCCUUUGAGGCAGUUGGGUCUGGCAGCAUUAUCUUCUACAAGAGACCUGAGGUCAAGAGAAGCUGAUUAUGAGCUAGGCUAGAAAACCUUGGGCCUGAUGUUGGGGAGACAAUUUUGCUGAAUGCUUGUUAGUUUCACUCGGGGGAAGCAAGAGACCUGCAGUUGCUGAAUACUUUGUUUGGGGCAAGACCUGUGCUAGGUCUGAGGUGGCCACAGCGACAGAGGAGCCGGCCCUACUCUGUCCUUAGGCCGUAUGGAUAAGGGAGAGUUGACUGUCUUAAUCCUUGUCUGCCCUUUUUUUUUUUUUGUUUCAAUGUUUUCACGGGUCUCACUUAUACCAAAGGGAAAUAAUCUUCAUUAAAGUUCAUAUUUCUUCUACCUCGGCCUCUUAGU